AUGAAAACUCCCAAACUUACAAUGGCCCUGGCAGUGAAUCUGCUGUUAUUCUCAGCCCUUGUAUUAGCUGUCCAACCUUUGACACAGUACAGUUGUCCCAAUGGUGCUUUGCAGUUGAUUACAAGCACUGAUGUCUCUACUUCAGAAUUUAAUGAAGUUUUGUCUGUUUCAUUAAAUGAAAUUUGGAGUGCAUCAAUAAACGACGUGCCUGGAAAUGGAGUUUUAACUUUUCGUGAGCCCUUCAUUCUCAUUGGACUAACAAGUUCUGGAGAAUCGUCAACAGAAGGAUACGUAAACAAUUUUUCCCUUUCGUAUGCUCCUUCUUUAAAUAGCCCCUUUCAGAAUUUAUCAAAUUCUUUUGUAACUUCCAGUCCUAAUGAAGUUAGUUUUUUCUUUCAAGAACCGAUUCUGAGUCAAAGAUUACAGCUAUACAUAAUGACAGUCACUAAUAAUGUCACCUCUUAUUUUUCUUGGAGGAUUAAUCUCAUAGGCUGCCCAUUAACUAAUGCAACUGCUACACCUACAAUGGGAACUCCAGAAGCAGAGAGAUCAUGUCAAGGAGCAGUUACAGCAGCAGUUGUAGUACCAAUACUGAUUCUGGUUUUAGUUAUAUCCAUCCUUAUUAUACUGUUCUUACUCUAUCGUUAUCGUCAAAAGACUGGCAUUAGUAAAGUUUUAAAUGCUUUUCCACUUUUCAACGAGCCUGUUGAUGGUGACAAAAAAGCUUCAACUCUAAAAGUAGUAGACAACAGAGCUAUUUAUAACAUUAGUGAUAAUGAAGCGUACAAUGCUAUUGAUACUGGUCGACAAGACUCAUCAGGUAGUGCAUCCCACCCAUUGUCAUCCAUUCCUGAAAAUCAACAAGGACCUAUUUAUACUGAAGUUAGGGAUACUCCUGAAAUGGAAGCUGGAAGAGGAGAGGAAGUUCUUUAUGAACAUCCCUCAGUUAUGACUGACUAAUAAAUAUAAGUUUGCAAUAGUUGUAGGCUAUUAUUAUUAUUAGUAAUGAGCAUUAAUUGUUAGCCUGUUGUGCAUUACUAUGUAAAUUUGAUUGUUUCCUUGUUUGUUGAAUGAUGGUCUUCCUCUGUUUAAAAUUCAUGAUAAUGACAGAUAAACAUACAGGCCUGGUCCCAAAACUAAACAUACACGAGCUAUAGUCUCUUGCCAUAGCCAGCCCCUCACUGGCUAUGGGGAGACUACAUGAGCUAUCACUCGUAUGCAUGACUAAUGAAACACUGAAAAUAGAAACAGGUCAACAACUAGACAGAUCUACUGAUAUUUGAUAGAUCUAUAAUAGCUAGCUUGCCGCACAAUAUACAUACAUGUAGAUUUAACUUGCCACCAUGAAAUUACUUCUGUUUCUCUUCUCAAUCCAGAUGUCAUAUUUCUUAGUAAACACUUGUACAACUGGGGAAGUAAGAUUAGUUAAUGGUACUACUCCUGAUCAAGGACGUGUUGAGAUAUGUAUCAAUGGAGUGUGGGGCACAGUUUGUGAUGACAAUUGGAAUUAUAAUAAUGCAAGAGUUGUGUGUAGACAAUUGGGAUAUAAUACUGAUGAUGCUACAUAUUUCAGAGGCCCUGAUCAUAAUUAUGGUAGUGGCAAUGGCAGCAUAUUUUUAGAUGGUGUGCGAUGCUUUGGUAAUGAAUAUAACCUGCUGGGAUGCUUACAUUAUCCAAUUGGAAGUCAUCAUUGUGAUCAUUCAGAGGAUGUAGCAGUCUCAUGCUUUUUAGCUUGUUUCACUGGGGAAGUAAGAUUGGCUAAUGGUACUACUGCUAAUCAAGGACGUGUUGAGAUUUGUAUCAAUGGAGUAUGGGGCACAGUUUGUGAUGACGAUUGGAAUUAUAAUAAUGCAAGAGUUGUAUGUAGACAAUUGGGAUAUAAUACUGAUGGUGCUACAUAUUUCAGAGGCCCUGAUCAUAAUUAUGGUAGUGGCAAUGGCAGCAUAUUUUUAGAUGGUGUGCGAUGCUUUGGUAAUGAAUAUAACCUGCUGGGAUGUUUACAUAAUCCAAUUAGAACUCAUAACUGUGAUCAUUCAAAAGAUGUAGCAGUCUCAUGCUCUUUAGCUUGUUUCACUGGGGAAGUAAGAUUGGUUAAUGGCACUACUCCUAACCAAGGACGUGUUGAGAUAUGUAUCAAUGGAGUGUGGGGCACAGUUUGUGAUGACUUAUGGACCAAUAAUAGUGCAAGAGUUGUGUGUAGACAAUUGGGAUAUAAUACUGAUGGUGCUACAUAUUUCAGAGGCCCUGAUCAUAAUUAUGGUAGUGGUACUGGUAGCAUAUUUUUAGAUGAGGUGCAAUGCUUUGGUAAUGAAUAUAACCUGCUGGCAUGCUUACAUUAUCCAAUUGGAAGUCAUAACUGUGAUCAUUCAGAAGAUGUAGCAGUCUCAUGCUCUUUAGAUACAUGCGAGUCAUUGCCAUCUCCAACACCAUCUACAGUAAUAUUGACAGUAACCAACUCAUUUUGUGAGCCUCCUUCUUCCUCACCAUUCAACCUGAGUAGCAUCACUGUCACCACCAUACCAAUAACAGUAACUGCCACUGCUACUGUAGAAAGCACAGCAGCAAUAAUGUCAGCUAUUAUACUGCCAAUAAUACUACUGAUGAUUAUUGUACUACUAAUAUCACUGACUCUCAUCUUUUAUUACUACAAAAUAAGAAAGGCUGUAAAUAGAAAACCAGUUUCUGGCAAAAGAACUUUGACUGCUAAAUUAGAUGAUGAUGUUGUAUUCAAUAUCAGGUAUAAUGAUACUAAUCAGCAAAUAUCAUGCAGUCAAUUCACAUCACUCCCCUUGCCAGCUAUUCCUGAAAAUCAAGUAUCUGAUGGUACUAAUGAUCAAGACUACACAACAAUGGACUCUUCUUGCAAUCACAUAUAUCAAGAUGCCACUAAAAUUUGAGUGAAGGAGGAGAUUAAACUUUUUGUUCCUUUAGUUAUACUCAACAAAUUGACUAAUAUUAAUAAACAUGACAGCAGUAGUGUUUGUGUAGAUAGUGUCACAUGUUUAUGUGUACAUAAAUCUAGCUCAAUAAAACAUUCAAA